AUGGUACCAAAAGAUGAAAAGAAAGCAAGAGAUUCAGGUUUGAUAACCCCAAAGCAAGCUUUUGAUGACACUGCUGAAAACAACAGAAGAAUGGACAAGAUUACGACUGAACCCGAAAUAUCAAGCGAUACCAGCUCACUUUAUAAAGAUUAUAAAGAUGACCAGGAAAUGUACAGCCAAGAAAAUGUAAAUAUUGAACCUUAUACUAUUGCUGACAAAAUCACUGAUAGAGACAUUCAAUCUCAAAUUUCCACUGAGAAAGUGUCAAGUAUAAAAGAAAGAGAAAAGGCCCAUACCUCCACAAAAGACAGAAAGAUAUUAACAAAAAGAGAUAUGAUACCAAUAUAUGAAAAGAAAGCAAGAGAUUCAGGUUUGAUAAUCUCAAAGCAAACUUUCGAUGACACUACUGAAUACAACACAAUAAUGGACAAUAUUUCGGAUGAUGCAGUUAUACUAAGUGAUACCAGUUUAUUUUACGAAGAUUAUAAAGAUGAUCAGAAAAAGUACAGCGCAGAAAAUGCAAAUAUUGCACCUAAAACUAUUGUUGACAAAAUUACCGCUAGUGACAUUCAAUCUCAAACUUCUACUAAGCAAAUAAGAAGUAUUGAAGAAAGACAAAAAGUUCAUACCUCCAUAAUAGACAGAAUGCUAUCAACGAAAAUCGAUAUGAAAUCAUUAUAUGACAAGAAAGCAAUAGAUUCAGGAUUGAUAACCUCAAAGCAAGCUAUCGAUGACACAGCUAAAUACAACACAAUAAUGGACAAUAUAUCGGAUGAACCUGUUGUAUCAAGUGAUACCAGUUCAUUUCAUGAAGAUUAUAAAGAUGACCAGGAAAGGCACAGCCAAGAAAAUGUAAAUAUUGAACCUCAUACUAUUGCUGACAAAAUUACCGAUAGAGACAUUCAAUCCCAAACUUCCACUGAGCGAGUGUCAAGUAUAAAAGAAAGAGAAAAGGCACAUACUUCCACAAAAGACAGAAAGAUAUUAACGACAAGAGAUAAUGAACCAACAGAUGAAAAGAAAGCAAGAGAUUCACGUUUGAUAACAUCAAAACAAGCUGUCGAUGACACUGCUGAAUACAACAGAAAAAUGGACAAAAUUACUGAUGAACCCGUUGUAUCAAGCGAUACCAGUUCACUUUAUGAUCGUUAUAAAGGAGACCAGGAAAGGUACAGCGAGCAAAUAAGAAGUAUUGAAGAAAGACCAAAAGUUCAUAGCUCCAUAAUAGACAGAAUGCUAUCAACGAAAAUCGAUAUGAAAUCAUUAUAUGACAAGAAAGCAAUAGAUUCAGGUUUGAUAACCUCAAAGCAAGCUAUCCAUGAUACAGCUAAAUACAACACAAUAAUGGACAAUAUAUCGGACGAACCUGUUGUAUCAAGUGAUACCAGUUCAUUUCAUGAAGAUUAUAAAGAUGACCAGGAAAGGCACAGCCAAGAAAAUGUAAAUAUUGAACCUCAUAAUAUUGCUGACAAAAUUACCGAUAGAGACAUUCAAUCCCAAACUUUCACUGAGCGAGUGUCAAGUAUAAAAGAAAGAGAAAAGGCACAUACUUCCACAAAAGACAGAAAGAUAUCAACGACAAGAGAUAAUGAACCAACAGAUGAAAAGAGAGCAAGAGAUUCACGUUUGAUAACAUCAAAACAAGCUGUCGAUGACACUGCUGAAUACAACAGAAAAAUGGACAAAAUUACGGAUGAACCCGUAAUAUCAAGCGUUACCAGUUCACUUUAUGAACAUUAUAAAGAUGACCAGGAAAGCACAAUAAUGGACAAUAUUUCGGAUCAUCCGGUUAUACGAAGUGAUACCAGUUUAUUUUACGAAGAUUAUAAAGAUGAUCAGAAAAGGUACAGCGCAGAAAAUGCAAAUAUUGCACCUAGUACUAUUGCUGACAAAAUUACCGAUAGUGACGUUCAAUCUGAAACUCCUACUCAGCAAAUAAGAAGUAUUAAAGAAAGACAAAAAGUUCAUUCCUCCGCAAUAGACAGAAUGAUAUCAAAGGAAAUCGAUAUGGAACCAUUAUAUGACAAGAAAGCAAGAGCUUCAGGUUUGAUAACCUCAAAGCAAGCUGUCGAUGACACCGCUGAAUACAAGACAAUAAUGGACAAUAUAUCGGAUGAACCCGUUGUAUCUAGUGCUGCUGAAUACAACAGAAAAAUGGACAAAAUUACUGAUGAACCCGUUGUAUCAAGCGAUACCAGUUCACUUUAUGAACGUUAUAAAGAUGACCAGGAAAGGUACAGCGAGGUAAAUGUCAAUAUUGAACCUCACAUUAUUGCUGGCAAAAUUCCCGAUAGCGAAAAUCAAUUUAAAACUUUUACUGAGCAAAUAACAAGUAGUAAAGAAAGAGAAAAAGCUCAUACAUCCACAAUAGACAGAAAGAUAUUAACAAAAAGAGAUAUGAUACCAAUAUAUGAAAAGAAAGCAAGAGAUUCAGGUUUGAUAAUCUCAAAGCAAACUUUCGAUGACACUACUGAAUACAGCACAAUAAUGGACAAUAUUUCGGAUCAUCCGGUUAUACUAAGUGAUACCAGUUUAUUUUACGAAGAUUAUAAAGAUGAUCAGAAAAGGUACAGCCUUAAAAAUGCAACUAUUGUACCUCGUACUGUUGUUGACAAAAUUACCGAUAGUGACAUUCAAUCUCAAACUUCUACUAAACAAAUAAGAAGUAUUGAAGAAAGACAAAAAGUUCAUACCUCCACAAUAGACAGAAUGGUAUCAACGAAAAUCGAUAUGGAUCCAUUAUAUGACAAGAAAGCAAGAGAUUCAGGUUUGAUAACCUCAAAGCAAGCUUUUGAUGACACUGCUGAAUACAACAGAAAAAUGGACAAAAUUACGGAUGAACCCGUAAUAUCAAGCGAUACCAGUUCACUUUAUGAAGAUUAUAAAGAUGACCAGGAAAGGUACAGCCAAGAAAAUGUAAAUAUUGAACAUUAUACUAUUACUGACAAAACUACCGAUAGCCACUCUCAAACGUCUACUGAGCAAAUAACAAGUAUGAAAGAAAGAGAAAAGGCUCAUGCCACCACAAUAGACAGAAAGAUAUUAAUGAAAGGAGAUAUGCAAAUAUGGGGUUCCAGUGGAACAGGCCAAUAG